AUGGCGGGUGAAGAAGUGUACGUGGAUUGGAGAGGGAAUGCAGCGGAUGAGAAGAGGCAUGGAGGCAUCAGGGCAACACUCUUCCUCUACGUUUUGUUCAUGCUGAGAAGUUGCCCUAGCAGCUCAAACUUCAGCGUGGUGGCCUAUUUUUAUGGGACGUUGCAUCUGGAUAUUGUGACCUCAUCAACUGUGAUCGGCUACCUGGUUGGCGCCGUGUUGAUAUCUGCUGCUCUGAUGAACUUCAUCUCUGAUGCAUAUAUCAAGCGAACCACCGCUAUAUUUGUAUUCGGCCCCUGUGUGAUCCUGGGUUACACGUUACUAGCACUGCAAGCCCAUUUUCCUUCAUUUCAUCCUGAAAUUUGUGAGAUAAACAAAGAACCAAACAACUGUGAGCCAGCUAAAGGUUGGAAUUUGACAAUGCUCUGCUUGAGCUUACUAUUGUUCGCUGUUGGGGAGGGCUGCAUGCGUUCUUGCAUACCAUCCCUUGGUGGAGAUCAGUUCAGCAAUGAUGACCCAAAAAAAUCACAGCUCAAGAGUAUGUUCUUGAUCUGGCUCAAGUUUGCAAAUUCUCUUGGAGCAAUAAUUGGCUUGGCAUUCUUGGUGUGGAUCGAGAAUAACUUGGGUUGGAACAUUGGAUUUAUGAUAUGUGCUCUUAUUGUUCUUGUAGGGCUGCUUGUGGCAGCCAGUGGAAUGCCUUUCUAUCGAAUGCAGAAGCCUACUGGAAGUCCUCUAACUAGAAUAUUGGAGGUUCUCGUAGUUUCAUCAAAUAAGAGGCAAGCCAUUGUAGAUGUUAUCGAGCUGCAAGAAACCGGUCAAGCAGAAUGCAUACACAAAUCUGGCCAAAUUUCAUUUUGCAGCGCUACUCAAGUUGACGAAACAAAGGCCAUCACCCGAAUGCUUCCAAUCUUUAUCAGCUGCUUGGUCAUCUACUUGCCCUUCACGCUGCUGAUGACAUUAACCAUACAAGUUGGCAGCACAAUGGACAAAGGGGCAGGAAUAAUCCAGAUACCUUCUGCCUCUCUUAUAGCAAUCCCAACAGCAUUCCACAUGCUGAUGCAGCCAUGCUACAGCCGAGUCUUGACACCGCUGCUGAGAACAACCACAGGCCAUGAGUGUAAGAUCAGCCCACUGCAGCGUAUUGGUGCUGGUUCGGUUUGCGGGACUGCAGCGGCAUGCAUCGCCACAUUGGUGGAAGUAAAAAGAUUGACUGUUGUAGAGCAGCACGGGUUGACAUCGACAGGUACGGGUGUGCCAAUAUCUGUCUUCUGGCUGGUGAUCCAGUUCUUCCUGCUAAGCAUCAUGGAUGCAGCAUCCUUCAGCGGAUUGAUAGAGUUCAUCAAGAGUGAGGCGCCUCCAGCAAUGAAGCCGAUCGCACCAGCAGUGCAAUCCUUUCUGGCUGGACUGGCUGCCUGGUCAAGUUGCGCCUUCGUUCAGCUCGUGAACAGGGCGACACGGGGUGGGGACUGCAGUAGAGGAUGGCUGGACGGAGCAAACUUCAACAGAACACGCCUUGAUCACUUCUUCCUGUUGCUGGCAGCCUUCGAGCUAGUGGCAUUGAUCAAUUACGCUUUCUGGGCCAGGCGAUACGCCAUGAAGCAGCAACGCAUCGGUACAGUUGGAUUAGAGGAUGACAACUGA